CGUCUGUUCCAGAAGAAGUAGACUGACCGAAAAAAUGGCGGAUGACAAGGAUCCUCUGAGACAGUUAAAGGAUCUAACUCGGCUUAAAAAUCAGCUGGAGGCGAUUCAGAGGAGAGUGGAGACCGAGGUAUCCGCAGAAUUUCCCCAGGGAAGCACGGUGUUGGGAUCACCCUUCCUGAAGGGCUUUUUGGUCGGCUAUGUGGUGGCAAAGCUGCGCUCCUCGGCCUUCCUGGGAGUGCUGCUGGGAACUGCCACUGGCAUUUACGCAGCCCAGAGCUAUCAGGUGCCUAACAUUGAAAGGACCGUUAAAGAUUACGUGAGCACAAUGAAAAAGGGACCAAAGUAAAUUGGGCUGACGUUCACUAAAUGAAGAAGUGCUCUUGGAGGUACUGGUCCACAGCAGACUGGAGUUGAACUUUUCUGAGUAAGGAGGAUUAUGGAUGCAUUCUUUUGACUGGAAUUCCACUUGGGACCUAAAGAGAGAAACUUUAUUCGUUUUUACUUUUGCUUUGGGUUCAGUUUAAUCCUGCUUUAAUUUCUACUGUCCACUGUUAACACAUUGCACCUGCAUGACGUUGUGCCUACAAGGCUUAGGGCUUAAUUAAAGCAGCUAUAUUUA